AUGUAUGGUAAAUGGAUUUGUGACAAAGGUUCUAAGACCGUGAAAGACACCAAGGAACUGGUUUUUCUGUCUGACACCACAGAGAACCCAUCCUGCAAUGGCCCAGGCUCACCCAGGGAGCCUGCUGGUCCCCAAGGGGCUUGGAGGAGCUGGCUCCAGAGGGCCCUGGCAUGUUUCACCAGGUCCUUCAGGGGAGGAUACCAGAUACUCGAAAACCGAGAUCAUGGGACCCACGGAGACAGACCCAUGAACGGUGGUUGAUCCCACUCUGCUG